GCGCUAGGCCUUCUGGGUAGGACAUCUCCUUAGCGGCCAUAUUCUAUUAUCGCCAAGGCUGAAGGAGAGAGGAGUAUCAUGAAGGGGAUUCGGGGAAUAAGCCAGCUCUCGACGAGGCUGUAUGCAGCACAGGCUGCACGCAAGUUGGAGGCCGCAGAACACGUUUCUUUCCAACCACAGGAAGUCCAGGUGACCAAGCUCCCCAGUGGACUGGUGAUCGCCUCCCUGGAGAACUAUUCCCCGGUCUCCAAGAUCGGCGUGUUCGUCAAGGCCGGCUGCCGCCAUGAGAGCCACGACAACGUGGGGGUCACCCACAUCCUCCGAUUGGCUUCUAACCUGACCACCAAAGGAGCUUCGGCCUUCAAGAUCUGCCGUGGCAUCGAGGCAGUCGGAGGUCAUCUGAGCGUGACCUCAACCCGGGAGAACAUGGCUUACUCUGUUGACUGCUUGAGGGAUGACGUGGAUACGGUGAUGGAGUACCUGAUCAACGUGACCACGGCGCAGGAGUUCCGCCCCUGGGAGGUGUCGGCACUCACGCCCAAUGUGAGGAGGGACGUUGAUGAUGCUGCAGACAGCGGCCAUGUUGGUUUGGUUGAACUUUUGCACCAAGCGGCCUACAAGAAUGCCCUGUCCAACUCCCUCUAUUGUCCAGAAUUCAUGGUCGGCCACAUUCAGUCCGAACACCUUCACCAGUUUGUCCAGAACAAUUUCACAAGCGCCAGGAUGGCUCUUGUGGGACUUGGUGUGGAGCACUCUGUUCUGAAGCAGGUGGGAGAGCAGUUCCUCAACAUCCGCAGUGGGGCCGGGGCAAGCGGUGGUCAGGCCCAGUACCGCGGAGGUGAAAUGCGGCAGCAGGCCAGGGGCAGCAUGGUCCACUGUGCCGUGGUGAGUGAGUCUGUGGCGGCGGGCUCCCCUGACGCCCUGGCCUUCAGCGUGCUGCAGCACGUCCUGGGGGCUGCCCCCCACAUCAAGAGGGGCUCCAACACCACCAACAAACUGGUCCAGGGAAUCAACAAGGCCACCAGCUUGCCCUUUGAGGCCUCUGCGUUCAACAGCAGCUACUCCGACUCUGGUCUCUUUGGGGUCAGCACAGUCUGCCAGGGUGCAGCCGCUGGGGAUGUGAUCAGGGCCGCCGUGGCCCAGGUCAAGGCGGUUGCCGACGGCGACGUCACCGCGGCCGACCUCACCCGGGCCAAGAACCAGCUGAAGAGCCAGCAGCUGAUGUCUCUGGAGACCUCUGAGGGCUUCCUGGAGGCCCUUGGCUCCCAGGCUCUGGCCAGCGGGGCCUACCUGUCCACAGACGCCGCCGCCAAGAACAUCGACAACGUCUCCCUCACCGACGUGGCCAAUGCUGCCAAGAUGUUUGUGUCCGGAAAGAAGACCAUGGCAUCCGUUGGCAACCUGGGGUCCAUUCCCUUCGUCGACGAGCUCUAAUUGCUCUUAUAAACUGUUCCGUUCCCUACCUAUCUUUCCUCCUAAGCGGGUGAACUGGUUGGUUUUGACCGAAAUGCUACAAGAGAAAUGUCAUCAUUCAUUAUAGUAAAACUGGUAUGAAACAAUAGUCACAGGAGUUUCCUGUUUUUUUGGUGAACCUGUAUAGAGUAUUUCAGGGGUCCCAAUCCACAUGUUUGCCAACUUGAACUGUAUAAUUCAUGUAAAUUAAAGAAUAAAAUAACUAUCUCAAA